UAUGCGAGGUGGCGGUGACGGCGACGGUGGUGGCGGCUUUGGUGGCGGGUGGCGGGUGGCGGUGUACGGGUGUUCGCUUGUCUCGAUUCUAUUCGACUAGUACACAUAUUCCUCGCAAGUGUCACGUCGCGGUCGAGAGAAAAUUCACGUUUGUAAGCGACGAUCGUUCAUCGAGGAUCGUCUUCGUCGUCCUUCCUUCCUUUCUGUUAUCCACAUUUACGUAGACAUAUAUAUAUAUAUACAUAUAUAUACUACAUACAUCAUAGAUACAUACAUACACAUUUUAACAUAUAUACGUAUACGUAUAUAUAUAUACAUAUAUAUAUAUAUAUAUAUAUAUAUAAUGUUAGUGUAUUUCCUUUCUCAUCCUAUUUACGACGAUCGUCGGAGAACAGGUUGGAGAUGGAUUUGGCUUUAAAAUGAAAUGCGCGAUCGAGGAUGCGAAAGGGAGCAGGCGUGGACUGUUCGUCGUCUGAGGUCAGGCGUGGGGAUGAACUCUACGGGGACUGCGAGAGGGAGGAGGUCUGGGGCGCUUCCUGUGCUUGGCACUAGCCUAAAAAAGCUCCACAAACAGAAUCGCGACCGAAUGUCUUUUCAAUGCAACGAAAAUGGUGAAGUGUGGGAAAAAGUGGGCAUUGAGUAAAGGCUUCGACUGCUCGAAUCAUGACAGAGUCGUCAGAGGAUGGUAACUACUUAGUGAGGGUUCGUGCCCAAGUAAUGACAAGAGAUGACAGUUCUGGUGGAUGGGUUCCUCUGAGCGGUGGUGGUUUAGCUAAUGUUUCAGUCAGACGUAGAGCAACCUCAGUGGGUGGACAUCAAUCUAAUAACACGAAUGGUACAAGCAUCUCUACUUCGAAUAUUACCACUACAACUUCGACCACCAAUUCUCUUUCGAGUACAACUGUCAAUGCACAAGGUCAUGGAUCUAGUACUUCUCCACCUAGUGCGACAAAAAGAAAACACGAAUAUCUUAUCUAUGGGAAACGUAUCACUGAUCAAUCGGUUGUUCUUAGUUGUACUAUCAAAAAGGAUUUUGAAUAUAAUAAGGUAAUGCCAACUUUUCACCAUUGGCGAACAGGAGAGAAAAAAUUUGGAUUAACAUUUCAAACAGCAGCAGAUGCAAGAGCAUUUGAUAAAGGUGUACGUACUGCGGUAGAAGAAUUAUUGGAAGGACUUGCGGAAUCUACAUUGUGCGCCAAUUCAGCAGAUGGCGGCGAUGAAGAUGUUUUUAUGACCUUAAAUCUACCUGUGGAUCCUCUAGAUCCACGUCCAUCUUCGGAUACAUCUCGUGGAGUAGUUCGUGUACCUAAUUACCAUUCUCAGUGUUCAGAUCUUCUUGAUUCAUACAAACCUAUUCAUUACAUUGGUGGAUCUACCAACAAAGUACCACUAUCUCAACAUCCUUUAACAUCAACUGCAGAUAUUGGAUCUGAUAACUCCUAUGUGCAUCUCACAACAGUUAAUCAUGAAUAUUUAUAUCCCAUCGUCGAUGAUCAUAAAAGUGAUAGAUUAGACAGGCACAAUACUGCAAGUUCUUUGAAAAAACCCGACAUUAUAGUGUCUCAACCUUCAAAAAAUACUAUUAAACGUAAUCUUCGGUUACGAUGUAAACAUUGCCAAGAAUUAUAUUCUGAGCAGCACAAUCCUAGGGGAUCUUGCGAGUAUGCACCUGAUCCUAUUAGACGUGGAAUAGCAACAAUUUCUUGUUUAUCAUGUGCUCAGUGUAUGCUGUAUCAUUGCAUGAGCGAUGCUGAAGGUGACUUUGCCCAAAAUCCUUGUAGCUGUAGUACAGAAGAAGGAUGUGGACGAAGAUGGAUUGGUUUAGCACUAUUAUCACUGAUCGUUCCUUGUUUAUGGAUUUACCCCCCACUCAGAGCUGUUCAUUGGUGUGGAAUGUCGUGCGGAAUGUGUGGAGGUCGUCAUCAUCCUACGGAAUAACUGGAGGAUCCCUUUGAUACCUCUGCUCCAUACUCAGUUGAGUCAACCAAGUUUUCAUCAUCGCGUAGUGCAGUCGCUAAUGUGUAUGAAUGUCAUGAUCUGAGUAUGGGACGUUGUCAGAGGUAUCAAAGGGGCAGACAGCUUCCAGUACACGCACUGAUUCACCAACAUCAUCUGUGAAAAUCUAACUGAUAAAGAAAAUGAUACGAGCACAAGAUGUUGCAUUUAGCCUUCACACUGUGUAUAUUCCGUACAUUUUGUAUACUUUAUUAGCAGUAUGAAUUGUUUAGUCACAACUGUAUAUUAAACGAUUGAAAGAUGGAAGUAAGAUAGUAUUUACACUUCCACCAAUUGGUCUUUGGAUAGCAGCAAUUGGACUGAGCAACUAUGCGUUGUACAUUAUAAGAGUGUAAAUUAUGAGAAGUGUAAAUUAUGAGAAGUGUAAAUUAUGAGAGUGCAGCUGUGAAAUGACUCAAAAACUUUUUAUUCCCAGUUUGAAAUAUUCUCUGCCUCAUGUAAUGUGUGUAUAGAAGCACAAUGUCCACACUGGAAUCGAGCAUUGCUGCGAUUGUCAGAAUGAAAGUGUAAGAAUGUGUUCUAUUCAUAAGUUCUGAUUAUACUAAACAAGUUGAAGCCAGUAUUUGCUAAUUUUCUAGCCCUUAUUAGCGUGUAAUAAAGUGGGGAAACAAGAGUAAAUCGAAAAUGUAAAUUUAAUUGAGAUAAGGUAAAAUUGGUCUGAAUUUAUCGUUUAUUAGCCGUUGAAAAUUAUCUCGUUAAAAUAUAUGAUGGAAAGCAUUGCAAUAUUUGCAUAUAUCCUAUGUUGCUGCUACAGUCACUUAAAUAAUUGAUUUCCUAAAAAAUAUAAAAAAUUAUUGUCAAGGUGAUUGAAUAAUCUUCUAAGUUGCAAACCAUUUUAUGGGUGCCUAUACUGUACAAAUUUUGUGAUAUUUUAGAACAUAUUAUGUGUAUUUUUAUGUAUUUUAUCGAUAAAAAUAGAUUGACAAAAGCUGGCUGCGUCUCAUAAGAUGCAAACAGUAGCUAAUAUUUAACAAAUACUACUUCUUCAUAAAACAAAUACAAAUAUUUGUGACCAGUGCCUGAUGUAAAGAAAAGAUUUAUAAUCAUUAAUUGAAUUUGUCUAAAUAUUAUUUAAUAAAGAGUAAUGACAUAUUAAAAAAGAACAUUAAAAUAUAACAUUACUAUUUAAAUAAUGAUCUGAUUCUUAAUACUAUUCAUGGCACUUAAAGUAUUUCAUAAUUAUCAUCUUAAUUUUUACUUAUACUUAUUAAUGAUAAUAAACUAUUUUAUUUUAAUGCUCUCUUUAAUGCUUAUGCUCUCUUGAUGAUAUUUAUUCGUAUAUUAUAUGCAUUAAUUUUGUAUAUUUAAAGUAUUUAUAAAAAAUGAUAAAUUCUUCCUUAUUUGCAGGUCAGUUUUAUUAAAAGUUUGUAAAUAUAUUUAUGAUCUGCUUCAUUUUAGUAGUAUCAAUUCUUUAAGUAGAUCCAAUUUAUUUUAUCUUAUAUAAAUUAAGAAGCAGCUAGCUUAAGCAAUAAUUAUUAUCUUCAUCCUUUAUAUAUAACUAUGUUAGAAGGAUAUAUAUAUAUACAGGGUGUUUCAACUUUUUUUUAUCAAAUUGUGUAGUAUAAAUUACGAGUAGAAAUACGAAAAAAUUUUUAUUUAAAUAUAGAUUUACAAAUGUUUUGUUAAAAAGUUAUAAUAAUAAUUAAAUUAUUAUUAAUAUGGUAUUGCGAUCUAUUAUGUUUACUAUUAUUCAUUAUAGUAGCCAUAGAUAUAAAACUGCAUAUUCUUCAUACGAAAAGAAUCAUGAAAAAUACAAGUCUAAUAAUAACAGAAGAUACAUUGAUGACCUUCGACGUUGUCAAGUAAUAAACACAGGAAAAAUCUUCAUGUGUUACAUUUGUCUUUACUCUUCAUGCAACGAAUACAGUACCGUAUUAAUAACAAUAAGUCGGUUAUUAUUUCAUUUAAUUUUUGCUAUAACUUUGUAACAAAGCAUUUGUAAGUAUGUUUAUAUAACACUUUUUUUCUUAUUCCUAUGUAAAACAUGCUAAUGCAGUUUGACAGAAAAAGAAAAACAUCCUGUAUGUAUGUAUAUAUAUGUAUAUAUAUAUAUAUAUAUAUAUAUAUAUAUAUAUAUAUAUAUAUAUAUUUAAAAGACAUGUUGAAGAAAUACCUGCAGAUCUGAUUAUAUAUUUGUAAAAAUUGAUUUGCCAUUUAAUCAUGAUACUCUUAGAUAAAUAGUGCCAUAAUAUAGAUCAUGCUGUUAUACUUGACAGCUAAGCACAAAUUUAACAUCGCAAAGAUUCUUAUAUUUGUUUAUCAUAUUAUGUAAAUCACCUUGACAUUCAUCUCUAUGUAUAAAGAGAAUUAAUUAUUGUAUAUAUAGAGAUUGUAAAAUAUUUUUUAAACCAAAGCUUAAAAAUGUUGUGCUAGAUAGUUCUUCAUGAUCAGCUUAUUGAUAUUGUAAAAUAUUUACAAUAUUAUUUUUAAGAAAUGGUUGCUACAAAAUUGCUAACAAUACAUAUGUAUAUGUAGAAACAAUUUACAAGAAAUAUGUUAUUUGUUAUAUAAUUAAACUACAAGCAUGUGAUUGUUCUACAAACAUUAAUAACAGCAAUGCAUGAUAUAUUUUAGAAUUGUACAAAGUGACAAAGAAUGUAUUUUAAGAAUAGUACACGUCUAUGCUUAUUUAAAUAAUUAAUACUUUGUUAUGUCCAAUAUUUCUAGUCUAUUAAUAUAGUAAUGUUUAUGCAUUGCUUCUCAUAUGCCAUAAAAAAUAAGUAUCAAAAGUUUAUACAAAACAACUAUUUGUAUUUUCCUCCUAAAAUGAAAAUUUAUUAUUCUUAAAUUCAAAAAGUAUGUACAUCUGUAUUAUUAUUGUACAUACAUGCUUGUUUUAUUUGAAUGUUUUUAUUGAAAUAUCUAAAUGUUAUAUGUCAUAUGAUGGCUAGCGUUUUUCCAUAGUAGUUCAUAUAUUUAUGAACACUGAUUUAAACAUCCAUCCAUUUUUAGUAAAUAUUUUAUUGAUGUGUUCCAUUAUGUCCAUUUGAAUGCACAAUUUUUAAUUAUAUUUUAGAAUAUCUAUCUUUAAAUAAUUUACUUAAUAAUUAUAUUUGAUUACAUUUUAAAAUAGUAUACAUAUAAAUAAUAAUAUAAUGCAGAAAGAGAACAUAUUAGAAAAUUGGUUCCUAAAUAAAUACAGUAAUUUUGAGGUUUUCAUAAAUACUUAUUUUGAUUAGCAAUUAAUGAAUUUAAUUCUAUUUAUAAAGCAAAUCAAUGCUUAUGAUUAAGAAAAAAAAAAAGAAAAAAAAGGAAAAAAAAAGAAAUAUCAAAUGAUAUUAAUAUAAUUAUGAUGAAUAGCUUCUGUUCAUUAGUUGCGAAUAUUUCAUAAUCUUUCAUUUAACCUAAAUUUAGAGUACAAAAAUUUCUAAAGUAUAUUUAAAAAUGUAUAUAUAUAUAUAUACAUAUAUAUAUACAUCAUCUUUAUUUUCAUUAAUAUAAUAAUUGUUUACGUUAUUUUUACGAUUUCUUAUUUAUCAUAUACUAAUACAUGCAAAAUCAUAAAUUAGAUUAUAAAUACGAUCGUUCUUUCUGUUUUAUUUUAUAAUAUUUUUCAGUUGUCUGAUAACAAUCAAGAUAAUAUUUUUUUCUGUAUGAAUAUUUGCUGUCCGAAAAAAAAAGAAAACUAUGUUUCAUUUACAAUAAUACACACUUGCACGCUAGAUAUACUAUUUAUAGAUACGUAUGCAUAAUAAAGUUAUUCUCAAUUUUACGAAAAUAUAAGUUAUAUUUGGUAAUGCAUAUAUUAUUUAAUCUAAAUGUAAUCUCUUGAGCUUUGGUAUUUUUCUUUUGUUUUUCUUUUUUUUUUUUCUCUUUUUUUUUCUUUCUAAUUUAAAAUUUACUUAUUAACAAUAAUUGCAAGUAUUUUUUUAACACGCAAUUACUCAAUUGUUAAAUUAAUUCUUUUUCUUAUAAAAUAUAUAUUGAUUUCAUAGUAUUCCAUUAUAAUUUCUAUUAUAGAUAUCAUUCGUAUAUUACCAAUCUUGUGGUAUGUAUUAAUACCAAUUGUUUGGUUAUAGAAAAGUACAAGUUACUUUUUCUGUAAGUUUGUUGUGAUGAUCUAUACCAAAUGAGAAAUAUGUGUAUUACGGUUUUUAUAGAUUGACAAAUGAAGCGUGCCUGAAAAAUAUCCUAUUUAAAUUUUCUCAAUGAUUUAGUAUGAGUGUUUAAUGUAAUUGAAGCACAUCUUAAAAGUAUCGUAUCAUAAUAAUCAAUUAAUCGGGAGAAAAUAUAAAUAAUAUAAUUUCUACAAGAAUGAUAAAUAUAUUGGUGAUAAUAAGCAUUAAUACAAAUAGAUGAAUAUAUGAAUGCGUGCAUGUGUGCGCGCGUGCGUGCGUGCGUGUGGGCAAAAGUGAUAUGUGCAAAAAUUUACACAAAUAAAUAAAUUUUAACGGAUAUGCACAUAUAAAUACACACAAAGCUAUUAUAAAAAUUAUCAAACUGGGAUAAUUCGCAAAAGUGCCUGCCAAAAGUAAAACAAGUGUUAAACGUUUGUGGCAGCACUCAAGUGAUGUGAGAUUAGAUUGUAAAAACUUGUUCUACGUGAUUCUCACUCACAAUGUAAAUGCUGCAAGAUCAACGAGUAAGAUUUUAAUUCACGGAUUCAUUGUAUCAUAAAUGUUUAAAUCUUGUAUCAUUGUAAUUAAAGAAAUAUGUAUCAUAAUCCAGCUGUAUGAAAAAUAAAAUAUAUUGUAUCACAAUGAAA